CGUCCCGUUUAUAUUUUUUCAACCCUUGUACGAAAACAAAAGGAUUAGAAACGUUACAGAAGAGAAAAUGGGUACCAGACAUGAUCCAACGCUAGCACCAUUCUUCUUCUCCUUGUACGUCGUUGUAGCCAUUCUUGGUCUGCAUCUUGGUCUCUCCUCUGCCGAUGACGCUGCUUCUGUGAGCUUUGGUUACUGCGAGCAGAAUGGGCCUGAGAAAUGGGGGAGUUUGAGCCCAAAGUACGAGGCAUGUGGAUCUGGGAAAUCCCAGUCCCCAAUCGACAUUAAGAGCAAGGAGGCCGUGGAGAACAGCAAGCUGGAGAAAUUGGAUGGGGAUUAUCAUUCCGUCGAGGCCAUUCUUAUCAAUAACGGCCACAAUAUCAUGAUGCAGAUUCAUUUCGACGAUUCCCCUGGAGAAUUGCAGAUAGACGGCAAAUCCUACAAAUUGAAGCAGCUCCAUUGGCAUACUCCCUCCGAGCACACCAUUGAUGGCCAACAGUAUCCUCUGGAGCUUCACAUGGUCCACCAGGCAGACGACGGCAGCUUCACCGUGGCAGCAAUCCUCUACGAAGACGGCGACGAAGACAAGUUCCUGAAAAAGAUCAAAGACGAGCUGGAGGAGCUGGCGAAGGACAAGUGCUCUGCCGACGAGGAAGCGCAAGUUCCCCUGAAGAAAUUGGAGUACAAGAUGCUGAAGAAGAGCCCGCACAGUUACUACAGGUACACCGGCUCCCUCACGGCCCCGCCGUGCUCGGAGAAUGUGAUCUGGUCCGUCCUCGCCGACGCGAGGACGGUGUCGAAAGAGCAGGUGAAAGCUCUGACGGAGCCGCUGGCGGAGGGUUACAGGAAGAACGCGAGGCCCGUGCAGCCGCUGAAUGGGAGGAAGGUGGAGCUUUACAAGGAUGAAUGAUGUUUUUUAGCAGAAGCUGCCAAAAUUAUUAGCUAAACCCUGUUAUUGUUAAAUCAGUUAUGCUAUAUAUAUUUAUUCUUUGUUCACGGUACUCUGUUUUUGUGCUAGGGGUAGUUUGAUGAUAAAACUGGAUGAGAUAAUUUGACCUAAUUAUUUGUUUUGAUUGACCACCACAGAAUAUGGAUGCAGACAAUUGGAUUGACAAAAUAUGAAUUACUUCGUUUCUUACAUUGAUUUGAAUUGACAUGAGGAGAAUGUAUUUGAAAUGAUGCAUCAAUUGUAAACACUGGCC